AUGGAUGCUCCUACAAAAAGAAUAAAUGCUCCUUUACUCCAAGCAAAUCAAAACAAAUUAGUAAGAAUAAUUGGAAAAUGUGAAGAAUAUAAUCCAGCAUCACAAGAAGCUACAUUAAUAAGUAAUGGAUCAAUAACUUUAGAUUUAUCAGCUGUAUCAUCAGAUCACCAGGACCUAUUAGAAGUAAAUAAGAUAUAUGAAGUGUUGGGGAAGGUAGCUAAUGAUACUUUAAAAAUCAACGUGUAUUCGAUUAUAAAAUUUACUGAUAAUACAAAUUUAAAAGCUGCUGAAAAAUUAGUUGAAUUAAGUGCUAGAGCUCCGGAGUUAUUUAGUUAA